UUAACGGCGCAGUCUCGCGAGAAUCCCUGACGUCACGGGAUAAUGGCUGAAGAUCGCGGAUACCAAGAAGAGAAAGCUACAAUUUAAGAGUUAAAGAAAGAGGAGACAAACUACUAACAAGGUCAAUAAGAGGAGCAAUAAAACACAGCGGCGUUCACGUCUCCUCCCUCCGUCGGCAGCAGCGAUGGCUCAGGUCACCAGUCACGGGAAGCUGCUGUUGCAGCGCCUGCACCAGCAGCGGGAGAUGGACUUCCUGUGCGACAUCACCAUAAUGGUGCGAGACGUGGAGUUCCGAGCCCACCGCAACAUCCUGGCAGCGUUCAGCAAGUACUUCUCCACCCAGGCCGAGCGGGGUCAAGAGGUCACCACGCUGGACCCCGAAAAAGUCAGCCGCUACGCCCUGGAGAAGCUGUUGGAGUUCAUCUACACCGGACAGAUGAAUCUCAGCAGCACCAGACAGGCGGCGGUGCGUCGAGCCGCUCUGUUCCUGGGGAUAUCCGAGGCCACCAGGUACCUGGUGGAGACCCCCCAUAUUGGAGAUGGAGAGAAGAGCGGCGAGGAUUACACCCCCGCCGCGCCGAAGAGCGUCGCAAGAGGAACGGGGAGGAAGAGAGGCCGGCCGAAGAGAGUCAGCAGCGAGUUCGUGGAGCCGAGCGGUUCCGCCGAUGCCACGCCCAAACCUCAGAGCUACAGGGGGAGGGGCAGAGGCCGGGGGAGGGGCCGGGGGAGAGGCAGGGGCAGAGGGGCGCUCAAGACCCAGGAUCCGUAUUUGGAAGAUUCCGAUGGGAGCGUGAAAGAUUUCGGAGACUUCUCUGAGGACUGGAGCCCCUCCCAGGAAGACGACGACGACGACUUCGGGGCAAAGAAGCCCCGGCUGAGCUUCGGCGAGGGGCGUAGGGGCCGUGGCAGAGGAAGGGGGCGGGGCAGAGGGAGAGGAAGGGGGCGAGGCCGGAGGAAGAUCAUGGAGGAGGAGCUGGAAGAAGAGGAGAGCGGCGGGGCGGGGAGCGAUGACGACUACGUGGUGGGGGAGGAGAUGGACGACGGCGAGAUCGGGGAGCAGGAAAUGGAUGAGCUGUCGCUGUCGUGCACCGAGUGCAACAAGCUGUUCAAGGACGUGAGCAGCCUGCGGCGACACGAGAAGAUCCACAAGGGCCUGAAGCCCUUCGUCUGCAUCUUCUGCUCCAAGAACUUCAGACAGGCGACCCAGCUGAAGACUCACCUGCGCAUCCACACAGGCGAGAAGCCGUUCAACUGCUCCGAGUGCGACAAGUGCUUCGCCCAGAAGUGUCAGCUGGUCGCUCACCGCCGGAUGCACCACGGCGAGGAGAAGCCGUACACCUGCGAGCGCUGCGGCUUCAAGUUCGCUACCUCAUCCAACUACAAGAUACACAUCAGACUGCACAGCGGGGAGAAACCGUACGUCUGUGACAUCUGCGGUCAGGCCUUCGCUCAGUCGAGCACGCUGACGUACCACAAGCGGCGGCACACGGGAGAGAAACCGUACCAGUGCGACCUGUGCGGCAUGUCGUUCUCCGUCUCGUCCUCGCUCAUCGCUCACGCCCGCAAACACACCGGCGAGACUCCUUACAAAUGUGCGCAGUGCAACGGAAGCUUCGUGACGUCUUCGGAGCUGAAGAAACACAUGAGGCGACUUCACCCGGGUGAGUUCUCCCGCUGAGCCGUCAACGGCACUGACCAUUACCAUGUUGAUCCCACCGAACAAGCCGAGGACAGAAUGGAGGCCUUUUGAAUUUAAAUGAGAAACUCUCCGCUCAGACUUCAGUAAACAAUGUUCACGGAUAUCCAGUGAUGCGUACACGCUGUGGGAGGAGUUACUUAA